AUGAAGCGUGAUAUCAUAAGCUUUGACUCAAAUAUCAUUGAAAGCAGGGCAAUAGAGAGCUACGAUACUCCACGAUUAUGGACCAGCCCUGUGAAAAUUAACCAUUCAAAAGUGUGGGAAAUCGCGUCAAUCAACAUCACGAAAACUCCGCCUUCCUACAGAUACCUAAAUAUCAACAAAUUUCCAUAUCUAUCCGAACACGUCAUUAACCCACAUAACUACAAUUACGUCAUUUCUCCCACUGUUAAGUGUAAUGACCACCAAGAAAUAUAUUUAAUUAUCUGUGUUCUAACUCGCGGUGACAACUUUGAAGGUCGUCAGACAAUUCGAGAGACCUGGGGUAGUAAUGCUAAUGAAAGCUCCUUUACUUCAAUUCUAAUUUUCUUCAUUGGAAUACCAGAUAACAGCGCGCCUAACGCGAGUUUAACCCAGAAGUUAAUUCUUGAAGAAUCUAUUAUGUACGGAGACGUACUGCAAGAGGAUUUUGUAGACUGUUAUAACAACCUCAGUCUCAAAUCCGUAUCUAUUUUCAAGUAUAUUUCUCUUCACUGUCCAAAGGCAAAAUAUAUCCUCAAAGCAGACGACGACAUGUAUAUUAAUGUCCCAUUUUUAGUUAAUACUCUGAGACGAUUUCAAAUUACAAAGCCCAACUUAAAAGCUUUUGUAAUGGGAUCGAAACAGAUAAAAGCAAAACCAAUGAGAUCAACUGACUCCAAGUGGUACAUCUCUAUCUCUGAGUAUCCCAACGACACCUAUCCUGAUUAUGUGAUAGGUGCGGCUUAUGUCGCGUCAGCACAGGCGUCGUGGCUGUUGUACCAGGCGUCACUGAGGUUGCCGUUGUUCCUGUGGGAAGAUGUGUACAUCACAGGGAUGUGUUCCAAGAAAGCUGGCGUUGAAGUAAUAGACAAUGCUCUGUUUUCUUGGAUUAGACAUGCGGUGUCCGGCUGUUCCUUUAAGAGGCGCAUUUCUGGGCAUCCGUACAGUGUGACAGAGUUACGAGUUAUACACAGAGAAUUGUACGACAAAAACAUUAUUUGGCCCUCAGCGGCGGAUGUGAGCCUUUUUGUUCGCAGCCGAAUUGCACCCUACAAGGGCACCGGCGUACACGUCUGA